AUGACACUUCAAAUUCAAGAUGAUGUGAGGAGUAAACAUGAAUUAACACUUUCUAAAUUGAUAUUAUCUUACCCUACAGGUUUUAAACUAUUACUUGAUGUACAUGGAGUUAUGCAUGGACCAAAAGAAGAAUGUGUCAGUGCUCUGAAGAAGGGCUGUCUGAUAGCCAUUGCCCCAGGUGGAGUUCGAGAAGCACUCUUUAGUGAUGAAAUGUAUACUAUUAUCUGGGGUAAUCGAAAAGGCUUUGCUCAGGUGGCCAUUGAUGCAAAAGUGCCCAUCAUUCCUAUGUUUACACAAAAUGUUCGAGAAGGCGUUAGGACAUUAGGAGGAAUAAAAAUUCUUAGGACACUAUAUGAACGUAUUAGAUUGCCAAUAGUUCCUUUGUACGGUGGGUUUCCGGUCAAGCUUCGAACGUUUAUUGGAGAACCCAUUCCAUAUGAACCAAAUAUAACUGCUGAGGAAUUAACUGCGAAGACAAAAGCAGCACUUCAAGCUCUAAUAGAAAAACAUCAGAAAUUACCAGGAAAUAUAUUUAGGGCUUUAAUGGAACGGUUUCAAACACAAAAGAAAGAAGAUUAAGGUCUUCCUGAGUAAACUACUAUUUAGUUAUAAUAUUCUUAAAGUUGUAUUUGUAACUUAUUCAUUCUUCUAAUAAUAGGUUUUAAAUACUGUCCUAAUGAUACUGCUGUAUAAUUUAAAAUAUAAGACACUUCUCUUGCCUUUCCACCUCUCCAAUGUCAAGCUCAGGACCCAAACUUGAAAUCAUUCGUAAUGGGGCAAAACUUAGUUUUUGAUAAAUGCAUUCCUACCUUGGAAGUGUUUGGUUUUUUGUGUUUUUUUUU